UUUUAUUGAUAUUUUCACUAUAUAUAAAUUUUAAUUAAUAACAUAUCUAUCGUAAUAUUACAUAAUUCGUCCGAUUUCUCUAACAUUUCAUGUUUUAUAUUAGAAUCCUGGGUUUUAACAAACUUUCUGAACAAUUCUUUACUUAUGCAUAUUAGUCUUGUUUGGAAGGAUUCCAAACUCUUAAUGUGUAUGUAAAUAUUUGAGAUUAAUUAUCGACUAAUUGAGGAAUUAAGGAUCUUGAAUAUGGCAGAUUCUUCACUUUCUGUGGAAAAAUCAAGGAAUAAAUUUUACGAAACCAAAAACAAGGUAAAUAGAAAGCUUGGCGAACAUCUGAAUAGAUCUCGAGGUCUCCUCUCAGAUGUCAGAAACAGCCUUUUACGGGGUUCAAACAACGAUUCAAGGAAUUCUCAGAGUUAUUAUGUUGAGUCAUUCGCUCCUUUCAAGGAACAUGACUAUAAACACAAUUUUAAUUAUGGCGGUAAUGGCUACAACUGUCAUAUGAGAUGUGAUAACAUAGACGCUUUCAGGUGUAGUACUAGACUUUCAUCGCCUUCUUAUAUGACAAAAGGAGGCGCUCUUGGUCCUAGUGAGACUCCUAGGCACAUGACUCAGGCGAUGUGGCUUUUGAACACCUCUAACAUAUCGUGUAACCUUACCGACGAAAUGGUUGAGGAUAACCAGGAAAAAAUCCCUGAAAUACUACUAAAGGACCCUGCAGAUCUACUCAGAGGUGAAGGUCAACUAACGGAAGUUAAGAAUGAAGAUAAACUGACGGAGCUUUUAAAUGACAAAACAGGAGAUCAAUUUGAAUCUUCCUCAGUUAAAAAAGGACUUGAUACCUCAAUCACAUACGAUAUUCUCUCAACUCUUGAUCUUCAUAAGAAAACUGUCGAUAAUAAGCCCUUUUACGGGUCUAAUGAGUUAAUAAAUAAACUCCUAAAUGAAUCGAAUAACAGUCUGGAUAAGAUUUUAAACUCCCUAAACCUCCUUAACAACAAUGUUUUAAAUCCCAAGGAUACUAAUGGGUCAGUGGGUCUGACUGGUCCAACUAAUUUGGGUGGUUUAUGCAAUAUUAGUGGAUUUGAGAAUUUGGAUAUAAUAGCCCAGGAAUUUGUUAAAAACACAGGAAUAGACUUCAGAAAACAGUCUGAGGUUUUAACAGAAACACUUUUAAAGUUAAAUGAGAAAGAUAGAUUGAAGGAGACUGAACUUGCUCCUAAAAUACUCAUGAGUGAACCAACCAAAGAAAAACAGGGUGAGGAACCUGAAAAGGUUAGAGAAGAAUUUCCAACUACAAAGAAUAGGAAUUUAAUUACAGGUCUUGAAACUGAUUUAUUGAGUAACUUUUCCAUAAUCAAAGACAGUAAGGUUGGUCGGAGGAUGUACAGAUUAUCUGAUUUUGACAGGACGUUCAAAUCUUCUUCAAAGGGUAACAGUUCUGUCCAGGUUCAAACUGAUAUUCCUGAGCCUGAAGCAGUAAUCCAACCGAAGAAAAUUAGGACGAACGUUAAGGUUGUUUAUCGUAGCGCUUCUGAAGGUAGAGUUAGUCUCUUAAAUGGGGCUGGAACACAGAAAAAACAGGAUUUAUAUGCCCAAAAGAUAGUUAGUAAUCUUAAACCAAGAUUAGAGAUGAGGGGCCAACCAGACUAUGAAAACGAAUACAGGUAUGAAGAGCCUAGUGAUGUUGAGGUUGAAGAUGAUGUGAUCAAAGAAAUGAGAGAGUAUAAUAAAAGAUUAGAUCAAAAAGAAAAGGAAAAGAUGAGGAGGUGGAGAUCUCAGAGAGCUCCUAUAUAUGACAAAAUGAUGGCUAACAUAAGGUCUGGAGUUGGUCACUCUAUAAUGUGCAGGGGUGGGAAAAGAAAUUCUGGGAUUCUCCACAAUUAUAAUGCCCAAAUCAAUAAUUCCAAGCCUGAUAAUAGUGAAUUGUACUACAUUUCUCCUACCAAUCGCAAAUCUAUCGAAAAUGAGAAUUUAUAUGGGUACGACUUUGACCCAGUGGAUUCCAUUCAUGAAACCCGAAAAGGACAUAAAGUAACCUUCCAGGAUGAUUAUGAUGAUCGCAAAAAUACCAGAACUAGGUUAAGGCCAAAACCUGAUAGACUAUCUCUGAAUCCUUUUGAUCACUUUGAGCAGUGGUGGAAAGUAAACACCAAGGAAUUAAACGUACUUAGAGAACAACUGUCAAUGUAAAACAAAUUAAGUUAAUUUUUAAUAAUAAGUAACAACAUUUAAUUGUGUUUUAAUUUUUUUACUUUUGA